GGCGGUGGGAGGGCUCGGGGCGGGCCCGGCUGGCUCCGGGGGCGGGCCCAGCACCGCUUCCUUCGCUCGGCGUCAGGCGGGCAGCUACGGCCGCCUAGUCGAGUCCGGGGGGGAGAAACCUUGGGGUGGUCGUCGGAAGGCUCCCUGCAGCCGGAGGUGGCGUGGCGAAGGUUCAGAAUGAUGAGCGACGUGUUUCUGUGAUGCCACUUGGAGCCUCUUUCACUGUGGCAUGGAUUGAUAAAGUGGCCUGGAGAUUUGAUAGUAGACUGUUGAAAAACACCAGGGGGGUGACUUUGGCUUCUGGUCUUUAAACUGGACAAAAGUCUAUUACAACCUAUCUGCAAAGAAAAGAAUUAUUUUUCCUUCGACAUCCUCCUCCUCUUCCUUCUUUCUGCUGCUUCUAAUGAAGACUGCAAAGUAUCGUCCCACCUUUCUGAUUUAAAGCACAUCAUCUUCUAAGACAGAUGGUCUGUCAAAGAGCUGAAGAAUGCCUGCAGAGAACAACAUAAUGAAGUAGUGAAUUGAUAGUGCUGCUGGUGCCUAAUUGUCAGGAUCACAGCUGACAUAAAGUUGCACUGCCCUUUUCCUGCUUCCAUAAUCGGGUCAAGAACAGCAGGGUGGACAUGGCUGGCCUCGUUAACAACCUACUAAUAUUGUUCCUUAUUUUUCAAAACAGCUGUUUGGCUUUCAGAAGCCCACUUUCUGUCUUUAAAAGGUAUAAGGAUGCAGCAAGGUCUCACGCUAACGAAUGUCUUGGCAGCAACAGGCAGCUUGUUCCUCUAGGGUUAUCAGAUUUUGCACUGGACAUUCGCAUGCCUGGAGUGACACCUAAGCAGUCUGACACCUACUUUUGCAUGUCUCUGCGUCUGCCAGUGGAGGAUGAAGCCUAUGUAGUUGACUUCAAACCUCAGGCGAGCAUGGACACAGUCCACCAUAUGCUUCUAUUUGGAUGCAACAACCCUGCUUCAGAUGAAGAUUAUUGGGACUGCAAUGGAGGAACAUGCAUGGACACAUCCAACAUUUUGUAUGCUUGGGCAAGAAAUGCUCCACCAACAAGACUGCCAAAAGGUGUUGGAUUCAAAGUUGGAGGAGAGAAGGGUAGCAAAUACUUUGUGCUCCAAGUACAUUAUGGAGAUGUUAGUGCAUUCAAAGAUAAACACAAAGACUGUUCUGGUGUAACUUUACAUCUUACUAAUCAAAGACAGCCUAUGAUUGCUGGCAUGUAUCUUAUGAUGGCCAUGGAUACUGUCAUACCACCAGGAGAGAAAGUGGUCAAUUCUGAUAUUGCCUGCCAUUAUAAAAUGUAUCCAAUGCACGUGUUUGCCUAUAGAGUGCACACUCACCACUUAGGAAAAGUUGUGAGUGGGUAUAGAGUUAGAGAUGGUCAGUGGACACCAAUUGGCAGGCAGAGUCCUCAGUUGCCUCAGGCAUUUUAUCCAGUAGAAAAUCCUGUAGAAAUCAAAUAUGGAGAUGUUCUGGCAGCACGAUGUGUUUUUACAGGCGAAGGCAGAUCUUCAGAAACAUAUAUAGGGGGCACAGCCAGUGAUGAAAUGUGCAAUUUCUACAUUAUGUACUACAUGGAGGCCAAACAUGCAGUCUCAUAUAUGACCUGCACACAGAAUGUAAACCCAGAGAUGUUCAAAAACAUACCACAAGAGGCAAAUAUUCCUAUCCCAGUCAAGCCUGAUAUGAUGAUGAUGGCCCAUGGUCAUCAUGAAGAUAUGAGAAAUGGAGACACGGGUUCUAGAAUGCAGCAGCCAAAAAGGGAAGAGGAAGAGGUUUUAGAUCAGGGUGAUUUCUAUUCACUCAUUUCCAAGCUGCUAGGAGAAAGGGAAGAUGUGGUUCAUGUGCACAAGUAUAACCCAACAGAAAAGGCAGAGUCAGACCUUGUAGCUGAGAUUGCUAAUGUAGUCCAGAAGAAGGAUCUUGGCUGGCCUGCUGCCAGAGAGUUUUCCAGCCAUGAUGAAAGGGCCAAUACCAUUCUUGUCAGAGACAGAAUUCACAAGUUCCACAGAUUAGAAUCCACUCUGAGGCCACCAGAGAACAGGCAUCUCACUUUGCAGCAGCCUAAACAUGGUGAAGGGAACUGGGAAAAAGAACCUACAGGAGAUUUUAACAUAGAAGAAGUUGUUGACUGGCCUGGGGUAAAUCUCAAACUGGGCCAGGUUUCUGGAGUGGCGCUGGAUCCUAAAAGUAACUUGGUCAUCUUUCACAGAGGUGAUCAUGUUUGGGAUGCAAAUUCCUUUGACAGUAAUUACAUUUAUCGACAAAAGGGGCUUGGACCCAUUAAAGAAAGCACAAUUCUGGUACUAGAUCCUAGUAAUUCAGCAGUUCUUCAUUCCACAGGAAAAAAUCUGUUUUAUUUACCUCAUGGCUUGAGUAUAGAUAAUAAUGGAAACUACUGGGUGACUGAUGUAGCUCUUCAUCAGGUAUUCAAACUAGCACCACACGGUGUGGAAUCUCCUUUGCUGACUUUAGGGAAGGCAUUCCAACCUGGAAGUGAUGGAAAUCACUUUUGCCAACCUACAGAUGUAGUAGUGGAUCCAGUUACUGGCAAUAUUUAUGUGUCAGACGGCUACUGUAAUAAUCGUAUUGUUCAGUUUUCUCCAAGUGGAAUGUUCAUCAUGCAGUGGGGAGAAGAGACUACAGUGGGUCAAGCAAAACCUAACCAAUUCAACAUCCCUCACAGUUUGACAUUUGUGUAUGAUUUUGGUCAACUGUGUGUAGCUGACAGAGAGAAUGGUCGAAUUCAGUGUUUUAAGCCAGAAAAUGGACAAUUUGUGAAAGAAAUCAGACACCCAGUGUUUGGAAGAGAAGUAUUUGCAGUUUCUUACGCUCCUGGUGGGUUGCUGUUUGCAGUUAAUGGAAAGCCUUACCCUGGAGACAAGGAGCCGGUGCAAGCAUUUGUGAUGAACUUUUCAACUGGAGCGAUCAUUGACACUUUCAUUCCGCUUAGAAAGAGUUUUGAAAUGCCACAUGACAUUGUUGCUUCAGAUGACAAAACAGUGUAUAUUGGUGAUGCUCAUGCCAAUACAGUGUGGAAAUUUACGUCUACAGAAAAAAUGGAACAUCGAUCUGUUAAAAAGGCUGGGAUCGAGGUACAGGAAAUAAAAGAAGCAGAAGCCGUUAUAGAAACCAGACUGACAAACAAACCCAUGUCAAAGGAAAUAUUGAAAAAAGAGGAAAAGCAGCAUGUAGUCCAACAAGCUACCACUGGAGUUUCGUUUGUUCUUAUUAUAACACUUCUAAUUAUUCCAAUUGUUGUCCUCUUGGCAAUUGUCAUAUUUAUUCGGUGGAGAAAAACAAGAAUCUAUGGAGCUGAUGCUGAACAUAAACUUGAUUCAAGUUCAGGGAGAAUCCUGGGCAGAUUUAGAGGAAAAGGUGGUGGAGGACUUAACCUUGGGAAUUUCUUUGCAAGCCGCACAGGCUACAGUCGAAAAGGGUUUGACCGACUUAGUACUGAAGGGAGCGACCAAGAAAAAGAUGAGGAUGAUGUCACAGAUUCAGAGGAGGAAGAUUCUGUUCCACAGCCUCCAGCGAUUCCCCCGUCUUCUUCCUGAAACUGGCCUUCGAUUUCUACAUUGUAUGAUUCUACAAAGAUUGCCAGAUCUAGCACGUUUUAAGAUUUUAUGUAUUUAAUUGUAAACUGUACUAGUCCUUUGUGAGGCUGUACACAAUUCUUUUUCUUUCUUUUCCCCAGCCCCUUUUGUUUCAGUUUAAUUUGGAGGCGUUAAUAUUUCAUAUCAGUGCCAUUGUCUCAUGUGAACCUUUUAAUAAAGCAAAACAAUCCCAUUUAUUUGCAGAAAUAAUUUUAAAGUAGUGGUGUUUGCUCAUGUCACUUUGGGACCUUCUCUAUAUUUGUAAAUAAGUCCCAGUCUGCUAUAAGAAUUUUUUUCUCCAGUUUCCAGAUUUUCUUUUGUGCCUUUUUCACUUUCAAUGCCCUUAACGUAUCACAGAACAGAGAAAAUAGAGUGCCACGAAGAAAAGAAGCUGCUAAAACCCCCUAUUUUUUAACAAAGGAAUCACUAGCAUUCUGUUGCUUUGAGGGGAAAGAUUUUAAGAGUCUCUAUUUAAAACAGUUUUUCUUCUUCCUCCACACUUUGUGUGUUCCCAGGAUGUCUUAUUUUUAGAUGGUUACACUGUUAGAACACUAUUUUCGGAAGCUGAAUGUAAUUUGUGUAAUAAAGUGUUCGCAGAGCAUUAGCUAUCAGAGUGUACUUUGCAAUUUUUACAUUUGGAGAGGGGGAGGGGGGUCUUUGUAUGUAACGUUUGUAAACAAUACCUCAGUGAGUAGCUUGCAAAGUUUUAUCACGGCUUUCUACCAGCAAGAGGAGAAGAGGGGAAAGACAACCAAAGUACUAUUUUGUAUGAAAGUUAGCAGAUGUUUUAUUACAUUGCAUUUGUUUGGGGAUUUUUUUU